AAGGGCAGUUUAACAGAGGGCGGUACUUUUCUGUAUGAGACUCGGACGUGAACACUGUUGGUGCUCAGCUGUGACAGCAGCUUUGUUUCAGCUUUGAAUCUGCCAGGAGCUCCCCUCAUCUGAUUCGCCUGACUUUCAAUCCCUCACAGCUCCCAGAUAGAGAUACGUACCCUGCCUGGAUUACACAUUGGAUUAAAACCAGACUUUAAAGGAGGAGAUUGCGUGAGUCAGAUUUCCCAGGGCUUCCGGAUGAUGGACUGGGAUUGGUGGGUCGCCCUGCGUGAUCCCAGAGACAUCUGGACAAAACAUCCUACACUAAUCCUCAAUGAGAUUGUCUUCUAUGUCCUGGCCCUCUUGAGUCUGAAGCAUGCGGUCCGAAACGGAGGAAGGUGGAAGUAUUUAUGGCUGGCGACUGUCAUUCAUGGUCUGAUGACAGAGGCUGUUUCCUACUUUGUACCUGAUGUGGAUAACUUCUGGCAUGCGCAGAGUUCAGUGAUGCUUCUUGGUAAACGUCUGCCACUCCACAUUAUCGUUCUCUAUCCCAUUAUUAUCUACCAGAGUUAUGCUGCUGUCAGCUGUCUUGGGUUACCAUGGUGGGCGGAACCAUUUGCUGUCGGACUUGGUGAUCUACUGAUUGAUCUUCCAUAUGACAUCAUGGGCAUCAAACUACUUUGGUGGACUUGGCAUGACACGGAUCCCAAUAUUUAUGACAGACACUAUUGGGUACCCUGGACUUCAUAUAUCUUCCACAUGUCAUUCGCUUGUUGCUUUGCAUUCCUUAUAGACCUUGGCAGAAAAGCAAUUACUGGGAAUGCCUCCAAAGCUGUUUCCUCUGGGAUUGUCAAAGAAAUGGCAGUGGCCUUGCUGGCUGGAAUCUUCACGUUUCCAUUGGCUGUUCUGACUCAGUUUCUGCCUUUAUAUCAUGUUCCGCAUGACAUUUACAAAAUACACACAGAGAACAUCGUGAUGGUGCAGUUGGCUAUCUACGCUUUCAUUGUGUGGACCGCGGAUCGGAGUAGGCCACAGGAUGAGGCGAGCAGGGUCUAUGGUGUGUCCUGGUUGCACCAUGAAGCAGGGCAGGGGAUCCUUCUCAACUCCCUCUUCUUCCUGCUCUUGGUCACCACGGCCAAACCGGAACAGCAGGUCUCUGUCGGAGUUCACCAGACCCUGGGUCCCUGCAAUGUUUCCGAAACCCUGACCUCAGUGCUGGGCCAGACCCUGUAUAGGCAUACAUAUCUCUGUGCUGGUGACUACGACGAGGGCGUGUUUGACUGGCACUGCCUGCCAGGGGCUGUGCCCCCACCAGAUGGCGCAGAAUGGUAUCCCAUUUGCGGCACCCCGUUCCAUCUCCGUGCUGAAUACAUCUACACAGUGGCUGCCUUCUGCCUGCUUGGCAUUGCCUUUUACUGGACCAUACUCAGAGGGUGGGCACAAUCUGCCAGGAAGGCAAAAUAUGAAUAAUGGCCACACAGGAGAUCAGCAAAGCAUCUGAGAUAGUACAGGGUUGCACCUGGAGCGGGAGGGAGGGAGAAUAUGCUUCACUUGGACAACCAAUAUCAUGUAUAUCAUAGAAUACCUACAGUGUAGUUGCAGGCCAUUUGGCCCAUUGAUUCUGCCCCAAUCCUCAGCAGAACAUCUCACCUUAUCCCGGCAUUUCCUGUGGCUAAUCCACCUAGCCUGCACAUCCCUGGACACUAUGGGGCAGUUUAGCAUGGUCAAUCCACCCAACCCGCACAUCAUUGGGCUGUGGGAGGAAACCCAAGCAGACACAGGGAGAAUGUGCAAACUCCACACAGACAGUCGCUUGAGGCUGGAAUCAAACCCAGGCCCCUGGCGCUAUGAGGCGACAGUGCUAACCACUGAGCCACCGUGGCACCCUCAUUUUGCUCCAAGGAGAUUUAAUUUCAUAUCUCUGUGAGCAGCUCGACUGACUGUCUAGAAAUGAUGGUAAACACGACCAUUUAGUUGUGGACACAGACAUUAGUCCUACCCGUGUGAACUAGCCGUGUGAUUAUAAUAUUGCCAACCUGUGCAGGCCUUUCUGCCCUCAGUAUUGAGCUGGGCUCACUUGCCCAGGAUCCAUGCCCGUGACACAUGUCCACUCUCUCUACCAUCUGCAGGAUUGGGAUGAGGGUCCCUCCAAUAAUGUAGGGUGGCGGGGCCCCUGGAUCAAUGCCACACAGGAUACAUCUGAACCAUGGAGCUUAUGUCAUUUCCUGGGUUGUCCUUAAAAACAGUUUCUAAUUAGUCUCAUGUCUUCCCUUUUCUCAUAAGUGCUCCAUUGGAGAUUUAAUUCCUUUUGCAAGCUAUUAUUGAAUCUGCUUCUACCAGCCUUUCAGGCACUGUAUUCCAGAUGGUAACAGCUCACCGAGUAAUUUAAUGAAAUCUCAUCCCUCCCUUCUUUACUUGGCCAUU